AUGCUUUUGGAUGAGAACUUCUUUGCUGGAGGUGUAUACUCAGAUGGUGCCACAUCUCAGGAUCAUCACCAUCAUCAUCAGAGAGUGGUACCCUGUUCGAGUUCAUCUUCAUUAUGUCCUCCAAUGAUAUACCGAAGUCAGAAGCAUUCCCGUUUGGCAAUUGAACAAAUGAACGAAAUGAGAUCAGAUGGUUCUUUAUGCGACGUGACCUUGGUUGUUGGAAACAUUCGUAUCAAUGCUCACCGAUUGCUGCUUGCUUCGUGUUCCAGCUAUUUCCGUGCCAUGUUCACUUCAGAAAUGGCUGAAAGCCGGCAGCAAGAAAUUCAAAUGGUAGAUAUCGAGCCUCGCACGUUACAAGCGCUUAUUAAUUUUUGCUAUACGGGUGAAAUAACGAUUGCUGAUUUCAAUGUUCAGUCCAUCCUACCAGCUGCGUGCUUGUUGCAACUCAACGAAGUGCAGGAAGUUUGUUGUGAAUUUCUGAAAAAGCAGUUGGAUCCAACGAACUGUUUAGGUAUACGGGCAUUCGCCGACACUCACGCUUGUAGAGAUUUGAUGAGGAUUGCCGACAAAUUCACUCAUCACAACUUUCAGGAUGUUGCGAAAACUGAAGAAUUCUUACAACUGCCUAUAAAUCAGUUAAUCGAUAUCAUGUCAAGCGAAGAACUAAAUGUUCGGUCAGAAGAAGUUGUUUUUCGAGCUGCAAUGGCAUGGAUCCGCCAUGAUCUUCCCAGUCGACGCCAGUUCUUAUCGAAGGUUCUCGAGCAUGUCCGUUUGCCUCUUUGUCCUGCUAAGUUCCUGGUUAGUGUAGUAAGUGAAGAUCCGUUGAUUAAAAUUGAUGCUCAGUGUCGCGAUUUGGUUGACGAAGCAAAGAAUUAUCUUCUAUUACCUCUAGAAAGACCAAAUAUGCAAGGACCGAGAACAAGGAGUAGGAAGCCAUUACGUUACGGUGAAGUUUUGUACGCCGUAGGCGGUUGGUGUAGCGGUGAUGCUAUUGCCUCGGUGGAACGGAUGGAUGGUCGUACGGGCGAAUGGCGUUGUGUUGCUUCGAUGAGCAAACGACGAUGUGGUGUUGGUGUAGCUGUACUUGAUAAUUUACUAUACGCUGUGGGAGGGCAUGAUGGACAAAGUUAUCUCAAUUCUGUUGAAAGAUAUGAUCCAGCAACAAAUCAAUGGAGUAGUGAUAUUGCACCGACAUCCACUUGCAGGACUUCAGUUGGUGUGGCGGUUCUCGGUGGUUUGCUUUACGCAAUUGGUGGUCAGGAUGGAGUUUGUUGUUUGAAUGUUGUGGAAAGAUAUGAUGCGCACCGAAAUGAAUGGGCUGAAAUUGCUCCAAUGAGUACGCGCAGGUUAGGUGUAUCAGUAUCGGUUUUAAAUGGUUGUUUAUAUGCUGUGGGUGGUUCUGAUGGACAGAAUCCACUGAAUACUGUUGAACGUUAUGAUUCGAGAAUCAACAAGUGGAUGAUGGUAAAAUCAAUGAAUACGAGACGGAAACACUUAGGAACUGCUGUGCACGAUGGAUGUUUGUAUGCUGUGGGUGGUAGAGAUAAUGCUUGUGAACUAUCAUCAGCAGAGAAGUACAAUCCAAAUACAAAUGAAUGGGUCAAUGUUGUUGCUAUGAACAAUCGCAGAUCUGGGGUGGGUUUGGCAGUAGUAAACGAUCAAUUGUAUGCAGUGGGCGGUUUCGAUGGUACCACAUACCUAAAGACCGUAGAAGUUUAUGAUCGAGAAACGAACCAGUGGCGUCAAUCGGGAUGUAUGACAUAUCGACGACUUGGAGGUGGCGUUGGAGUGGUUCGACUAGACCACGACCAGUAUGUGCCGUUCACUCCGGAUCCUGAUUUAGCUCCCUUUGAUGACCCUCCUUUGAUGUGA